AAAAAGCGCGCGCGUCUCGCGCCAUGCGAAUUACUUAUUCCACCCGGGAUAGGCUCAAAAUCCUCGUUAUUCCCCGAACUUAUUCCGCUUCGUCGCAACCUCGAAUAACAUGGCAACACCUCAAAGAAACCCUAGCCUCCGCCAUUUCCGACCUCUCCCUCUCCCUUCCCCUCCUCCGAUCCCUCCACGCGCGCGCCUUCGCCCUCGGCCUCCGCAGCAACGUCUUCGUCUCCUCCCUCCUCGUCUCCCGCUACUUCGCCCUCGGCGACGCGCGCGGCGCCCGUUCGGUGUUCGACGCGCUCCGAGAUCGACCCGCGAAGCCCCUCCUUUGGAACUCCAUGAUCAAAGGGUUCUUGAGGCACGAUUCGCCUCGUUUGGGGUUGGAAUUGUUCCGCGAGUUGAUGGGUCGGUCGGAUUGUGGGCCGGAUAGGUACACCUUCCACCUCGCGAUCGCGGCGUGCGCCCGAAUGUCGGAUUUUGAAUUUGGUUUUUGGAUUGGAGGCGUUGUUAGGUCUAGAGGGCUCGGAUCCGAUCUCCUCGUCGCGACGGCGCUGAUCGGUUUGUACUCUAAAGCAGGCGAAUUCGGACUCGCUCGUAAGGUAUUCGAUGAAAUGCCGUCUAGAGAUGUUGUGGCGUGGAAUGCGAUGAUUUCAGGGUAUUCGCAAGGUGGGUUUUUGUUUGAGGCUGUAGAUUUGUUUCGGAAGAUGAGGUUUGUUCAUAGGGUUUUGCCGAGCGACGCAACCCUGGUGAGCGUGAUCUCCGCGUACGGUGAUUUAGGUGAUCGGAAGAGUGCGGAACUUUUCCAUGCUCACGUGAUUAAAAUCGGUUUUGAAAUCAACCUCUCUGUUUCGAAUUCACUUACAGAAAUGUACAAUAAAUGUGGCAACUUGGACGCAGCUGCUGCAUUGUUUGAUUGGAUGUUGACGAAGGAUGAAAUCUCGUGGAGUUCUAUGAUCGGUGGAUAUGUUCAACAUGGUCGGCCCGAUGAUGCUCUUAAGCUCUUCCGUCGGAUGGCGUUCGAUGAAGGAGUUAAGCCCACCAGGCCCAUGUUGCUGAAUGUGCUUCUUGCUUGUGCCGAGUUGGGCGAUUGGAGAGAAGGUAAAUGGAUCGAAGAGAAUUACAUAUUGCAUGAUAGCAUUGGAUUCGGAACCGAUUCAUCUCUUCUGACUACACUUGUAUACAUGUACGCCAAGUGCGGAAAGUUCAAUACCUCUCUCAAUCUUUUGAAGGGAACUGCUCAAGUGAGAGAGGAUGUGAUUGCGUGGAAUGCAGUGAUUAAAGCCUGUAUAGAGCUCGGAAACGUGGAUAUGGUAUUUGAGCUCGCUCUCCAAAUGCAAAGGAGAGGUAUCGCUCCAGAUUCAGCAACCUUUUUAUUGGUGCUCUCAUUAGUCUCGUUGAUUCCAUCCUUGAAGAAGGGGAUGGAGACGCAUGCUCACGUAAUAAAAAGAGGUUUCAGAUCGGAGAACCCGAUUGCUAAUUCCCUUAUCAGCAUGUACUCCCGGUCGGGAAGCGUAGGGCAUUCACUCGAGGUCUUUAACGGAGUUAAAGAAAAAGAUGUGGUCUCUUGGAGUUCAAUAAUACAAGCAUAUGCGUUGAAUGGGAAGGUUGACGAGGCUCUCGAUCUUUUCGACGUUAUGAGGAGAACGGAAGUACGACCAAACCACUACACUUUUCUCGCUGUAUUAUCCGCAUGCAGCCAUGGGGGUCUUGUGGAGAAGGGAUGGCGUGUGUUCAAACUCAUGAAAGAAGAUUACGGGUUGGAGCCAGAGAUCGAGCAUUUUACCUCAAUGGUGGAUAUGUUCUGUCGUGCUGCACGGUUGGCUGAUGCGUAUAAUUUGCUAAAGAAUGGAAUAUCUCAGCAUGGAAGUAAUUCCGCAUUAUGGGGGACUUUGCUUAGUGCUUGUAGAUUGCAUGGUGAUUUAGUUAUCGCAGAAGCAGCAGCGAAGCAGCUCUUAAUGUUGGAACCACAAAAUGCAGCCAAUUAUAAGAUGCUUGCUGAUGCUUAUAUUUCAGCAGGCAGGAGGGAGGAAGCUAUUGGUGUUUUAGGGCUUUUGAGGGAAAGCCAAUUGGAAAAGAGAACAGGUUACAGUUGGUUUGAAGGAGGUUAGGGUUUUCCUAAAAAUGCGCUCUGUCUAUUGCUUCGAAUCUUGUAUAAUUAACAACCAACUCAGCUGACGAAAAAGAGAUCAGUUUUGCACGACUUAAAGAAGAGAAGGUCGCCACUUUGUGGUCGGUUCCAUUGAUCUACAAUUUCAACUUAUGUGAUAGCUGAGAGCUUCUACAACGCUUUAUUAGUUUAACGAAACAGCAUUGGAUGUGGCGGACGCGAUAAGAAAAACAUAAGGGAGCGAAGAUUAGGAAAACUCAGAAAGAUUUACGAACCUCUGCAGAUGCACCAGAAAAUUUCAAGCACUGUAUUUACAGAAGAUAAACUUCAAAAGGCAGGUUUUUUUUUUUUCACUUUGAUUGCAAAAUGCUUGCCUCAAAAUUGGUGUGAGUCUGUGUUUUGAUAUAUCCCAACUAUGAAGAAUCCUCAGCUGUCUCCAAUUUUUUAACACGUAUUGUCAAUUUGUCAUCUGAUCUGUACAAAAUUAUUGAAAGUGCAAAUAAUAAUAUAUUGCAAGCUGUGGAGUGA